UAAUGUUGUUCUUCUCACAUGGCAUGGGCAACCAACAGAGUGAGAAGUCCAUCUCUGUGAACAGGGUUGCUGGUUCCACCUGCACAGCCAAGUUGGUCAUGAUAUUGAAGGGAAAAGAGGGAACAGAUAAGUCUUUUGGACAAGUAUUGGAGGGCAAUUUUGGGCUCACAAAGUGUUUGCUUUUGUUUGGAACGAAAACAACUAAACAGGUGAUGCAAGACACAGCUCAUUAAAAACUUGUAUUUACUUCUUAAGCUACUCCAACAGAAGUGCCCAGUCCUUUUAUGGGCUCUAUAAAUUCCCCAACAAAGCUUGGAUUCCCUUGCCUCUUUGCUUUCAACUAAACAACAACUCUCUCUCUCUCUCUCUCUCUCUCUCUCUCUCUCUAUUAAGAAAGUAAGAAACAUUCAGAAUCACUCAACGCUCAACUCAAAGUUUGAAGGUUUCUGAAUGGCGAUCUGGGCUCAGUAUCAUCAUCUUCUAGCCCUUUUUCUCCUAACAUGGGCAUCUACAGUGCCCACAAAUGCAAACAUGGAAGGAGAUGCCUUGUAUGCAUUGAGGAGAGCAGUGGAGGACCCAGAGCAUGUUCUACAGAGCUGGGAUCCAACUUUGGUGGAUCCCUGUACAUGGUUUCAUGUCACUUGUGACUCAGACAACAGAGUCACCAGACUUGACCUUGGAAAUGCAAAGCUAUCAGGCAAUCUAGUUCCAGAGUUGGGGAAGCUUGAGCGUCUCCAGUAUCUGGAACUCUAUAUGAACAACUUGGUGGGUCCAAUACCAGUGCAACUUGGAGGACUCAAGAACCUAGUAAGCUUGGAUCUGUUCCACAACAACCUCACUGGCUCAAUCCCUCCAUCACUCUCCAAGCUCUCCAAUCUCAGAUUCCUGAGACUGAACAGCAACAGGUUGAGUGGAACAAUACCCAGAGAACUUACCAAGCUUGGAAGCCUUAAGAUCCUUGAUGUGUCAAACAACGAUUUGUGUGGCACAAUCCCAACCACUGGUUCCUUCUCCAAGUUCUCAGAGGAAAGUUUUAUGAAUAACCCAAGAUUGGAAGGGCCAGAGCUGAUGGGGUUUGUAAGAUAUGACACGAGAGGAGGCUGCAAGUGAAGAAUAUGGGGAGGGCCAUAGUUCUUUUUCUAUAAUGAUUAAUAUACUUGAAACACUGAAACAAGUUUCCUUGUGUCAAGUCCAGAGAUUCUCCAUCUCCAUGUCAGAAUGGGUUUCAAGUUCAACCACCUUUUUUUUUUGUCAUUCGGUGUAAAAUAUAUAUAUAUAUAUAUCUCCUGCUAUGUCUAACAGUCUAUGUCCUCUGCCCUUUAUGCAUUUGAAGGUGGUUUUUGGUUCAAGAAUGGUUACUGUAUUAUAUAGAAAUAAAGAGAAUGGAGAAAAAGGGGAUGUUCUGUGUUUUA